AUGACGGCGCGGUACGAGCUGGUGUGGCGGGUGCUACACGCGCUGCUCUGUCUGCACCGCACGCUCACCUCCUGGCUCCGCGUUCGGUUCGGCACCUGGAACUGGAUCUGGAGGCGCUGCUACCGUGCAGCCUCCGCUGCGGUCCUAGCGCCGCUCGGCUUUACGCUGCUCCGUACCCCGGCAGUAGGCAGGAACCGCCGUUACCAACGUCACCCGCGCGGCCCAGGUCCGGCCGCCGCCCACCCGCGGCUGCGCUGGCGCGCGGACAGCGGUUCCCUGGAGAAGUUGCCUGUACACCUGGGCCUGGUGAUCACCGCGGAGGAGCAGGAACCCAGCUUCUCGGACAUCGCGAGCAUCGUGGUGUGGUGUAUGGCCGUGGGUAUCUCCUACAUUAGCGUCUACGACCACCAAGGUAUUUUCAAAAGAAAUAAUUCCAGAUUGAUGGAUGAAAUUUUAAAACAACAGCAGGAACUUCUGGGCCUAGAUUGUUCCAAAUACUCACCAGGGUUUGCAAAUAGUAAUGACAAAGAUGAUCAAGUUUUAAAUUGCCAUUUGGCAGUGAAGGUGCUGUCCCCAGAAGAUGGAAAAGCAGAUAUUGUGAGAGCUGCUCAGGACUUUUGCCAGUUAGUAGCCCAGCAGCAAAAGAGAUCUACAGAUUUGGAUGUAGAUAUGUUAGACAGUUUACUUAGUUCAAAUGGUUUCCCUGAUCCUGAUUUAGUAUUGAAGUUUGGUCCUGUGGACAGCACAUUAGGCUUUCUUCCCUGGCAAAUCAGAUUGACUGAGAUUGUCUCUUUGCCUUCCCACCUAAACAUCAGUUAUGAGGACUUUUUCUCUGCCCUUCGUCAAUAUGCAGCCUGUGAACAGCGUCUGGGAAAGUAGUGAUCCCUGGUUGCAUAAUUUGAUUUCAGGCUUUUGGAGAAAAGGACCCAAGUGACUCUGAUGUUUACAAAGCACCUAUGAAACCCUGUGCACACCUAGUUCAUAUUCCUCAUAAUUUAUCAACAAACACAAAAAAGUGUCUUACUUGAGAGUGAGUGUAUGAGUGUGUGCGAGUGUGCGUGCAUGUGUGUGUGUAUGGAAAUAAACUUAUAAAUGGGGGAAGUAUUGGAGAAUGAAAUAAGUAGACCUACAACUUUUGAGCAAAUAGCAGCAAUGUUUUAGGAGCUGAGAUUUCACAUGUAAAGCUUUGGGCCCCUACUACUUCCCUGUUUUUGUGGGGAGUAAAGGGAGGGAAUGACUAAAACUGUUUGGGUUGUUGUUUGGGGAGAAGGGAGUAAUUUUUGUUCUGUCUUUCCUAGUGACCAAACUUUAAGUUUUUAAAAUAAUAUAUUAUUAAAUGGAGGUAUUCUUAGUUUGAGGGAGUUGCAGAGAAUGGAUUUCUGUGUUGCUCACUUAUUAAAAGUUUGCUCCUCUUCAGAGGAGAGAGAAUACCUAUCUUAAGAUAUCCGUCCAUUUUCAUUUCUUACUUCAUUGUAGUUAAACAGUGUGACUUGAGAACGUUGCUCUGGAGUCUGUGUUCUGUGUUGUAAAGAACAUUUGAAAAAGAACUCUUGAUACACUGAGAUGCAGAAUUUUUUAAAAAAUUAUUGAAUUAGGCAGUCAGAAGGGAAAAAAAGGUGAAUAAAUUGUAUUCUUUAAAGUAAAGAUGGAAAAUUUCCUAGAAAAGAGAAGUUUUGAUUUUCUAUUUCAUGUAAUGUUGCAUAGUACCCAAAAUUGGCUUAAAAAAUAUUUCCAUUAACUAUUUUUAUUUAAAGUGAGCAUUUGAGAGAAAUUACCAGGGCAGCUCUUUUCCUUAGAAGUAACCUGUUCUUCCUUGAAAUAACACCUGGGAUUUUUUUUUUUCCCCAGUAAAUUCCAGUGGUGACUUUGCUUAAAAAAUUAAGUAGGAUUGAGGCCUGUGUGUGGGGAAAAUAUUACCAAAGUCUACAAAAAUAAUUUAGAUUAAUUUUAUAGGACAGAGAACUCACUGGUUCUGUUUUUUUUUUUUUUUAAUGAAUAAAUGAUUUCUUGAAAGGUGUUUAAUAUUUUCCCCUCACUACUGAUCCUUGGACAGAAACCAUUCUUUAUAUUUGAUGGAAUGUUCUCAGAAAACUCUUUCCAACAAGUGUACAGUAGUUAUCUAAAAUUGUACAUUUAGAAUGGAGUAUUAUAAAUACUAGGUCUCAGAAGUCUGGAAAACAGCAAAGAAGACUGAAUUUGGAAAGCAUGGUCUGGAAUUGCUUGGCAGAUUCUAAAGCAAUGAAUAAAUGUUUCCGCUUUGGAUUAUAAAACCCCAUUUAUGAUUUUUAAAAUACACUUGAAAUAAAAAUGAUUAAACUAAAUUUUGGUCCAGUGACAUUACUUUGCACUUCCAUAGUUCUUUAUAUAACCUUUUUUAAAGUCUUAAUUUAUUGCCAAAAGUUUUGUGUGAAGCUACAGCAUAUCUAAACUUUGACAAUUUUUCAUUUAUUUCCCUGUGCUGUGAUCCAUGUUUUAUUGAGAGUUUGUGUUUUUGUUUUUGGCUAAUUUAAGACUGCAUUUUUGCCUUUUGCAGAUACGAUAGAUAUAAAUGUUAUUUAUAACCAUUCUGGAGUAUGUUCAGCUUUAAUGAAUUAAAUUAAUUGGCCAAUUAAAGUGAAGGGAUAUAAUGUUUGUUAAAAUGAAGUUAGUCAAAUUAUCCAUUGGCAUAUAGCUCAGGUCCCUAAAGAGUUAAUAUUGAGUUUUUACACUUCUCUCCUAUUUCAUAAUAGUGUAUGUACAUCAAAAUAAAUCUAUAGCCCAUGACCUGAGUCUAGGAAGAAAUACUUGAAACAUGUUGCUAAGGGUUCUGAAUUUGGAUAUACACAUUUCAGAACCUUCUCAAAUGAGUUUGACUGCUUGUACAGUCUGUACAAUUUGAAUAAUAUUGGUCAUUCUGUCAUUCCUGCCAAAAUUAUCACAAGUUCUGUAUCAUCAGGGCUCCCUUUGCACUCCCGCCAAAAGAACUGAUAGCUGUAAAGAAAAAUGUGUCUAUGUGUAUUGAAGGUUAUUUUCUUUAAAUUUUUAUCAACACUCCCCACAAUGGAAAAAAUUAUCAAAUUAAAACUACUUUAUGGAUGACAGCUUGUAGCAUAGCAAGAAGUUGGAGAGUUUGAAUUCCAUUCCCAAUUCUGGUUGUGCUUUGCUUCUUAAAACUAAUUGGUUCUGUUAUAAAGUUUAAAAGCUAGUUUUAAUGUGAAUAGCAAAUUCUGGUAUAUUGUGACAGAGGCUUGAGAUUGCCUGUCUCUGAGAAGAUGUCAUAUUAGUGAACAGUGCCAAAUACACUGUGCUAUCUAUAAUUUAAUCUUUGAAUGUAUAUUACUUAAUUAGCUCCCUCCUGUGUGAUGGUACCAUGCAUAGAGUCAAUUAAGUCCUUGUGAUGUUUUUGUAUGGCUGUAGACUUUGACGAAACAUGUAUAUAAUGUGUACAGCAAGUUUUUAUGAUUAAGGAAUCAAAUUUAUUGAAUUUUAUUAUUGAGAACAACAUGUAUGAACAAAACCCAAUAAAAGAAUAUACUCUUUUCAUGGACUGUAGUAUUAUGUGAACAUUACAUUUAUUCUGAACAUUUAGGGGCUGCAAAAUGUAAUGAGAAACUCAUGACUAGAUAGCAAUAUUUUUAGAUAGUAUGCCCUUGAUUGAAAUAUAUCCUCAUUUUUAACAGGUUAAACAUUUGAAAUCUUAGUUUUAUUUGCUUUUUGUUAGAUAAAAUUCAGCUUUGCUGUUGCUAGAAUUGUCAAAUUCCACGGUAAUUAAAAUCUGAAUUGAUUCUUACUGCAUAUAGAAUUGCCAAGCUAAAAAUGUUUAUGUAUAUGUAUACCCUACUAAAAAGGAAUUUGAUAUUUCUGGUCAAGCCAGGAAAUUGAAAGGUAAGAGCUGUGGUUUGUCUUAUGCUGCAUAGAGUAUUCACUUUCUUACUUGAAGACCUAAUUGUAAUUUUUUUUUGUAUGUACAUAGUUUUCAUUUAAAAUCAGGAUUAUCAAAGGUCCCAUUUUAACCAUGGUUAAUAGGAAAUGCCUUUAACUAAAGUUGCCAACCAUUACCAACAUUUAACAAAAAAAUCUCUUUUUGUUAACAAAAGGUAAUUCUACUGUAGUAGAAGCUUAGUAUAGUAUGAAAUAAAACCCAGGAAAUUAGAUUAGUGUCAGCAGUUGCUCAAGAUUCUAGCUGAUAGACUAUUUGGUAAAAUUAGUGGAAAAGGGGAAAGCAAAAAGAAUCUGUGUAAGUUUUAAAACAUUCAUUUUAACGAGAAAAUCAGAGGAUUGAGAGGGAAAAUAAACUGGUUGAUUACAUUUUUGGCAACAAUCCUUCCAGAAAUAUUUUGUACUUUUAUUUUUUAAAAAAAAAUGUAUCCUGCUGUAACAGGUUUAAUAAAUUCUUUUAAAACUAUAAGCCAGAAAUUGAGAUUUUUGCAUUAUUUUGUAUUUUGUUAUUGUGUCUGGAUAUAAACAAUUACAUUAGCCCAUCAAAAUAAAAUGUUUGGAAAAAGUAUAGUUCACUUUCAG